AUGAGCUGCAUCGCUCUGGGCCGGCCCAAAAGCCCAACAGGACAGGCAGGACAGGCAGGCAGGCAGUACACCAGCACAGGCAGCACACCCAGCACACCAGCACACCCACCAUACCCAGCACACCAGUACACCCGCCACCAGCACACCCACCACCAGCACACCCACCACCAGCACACCCACCACCAGCACACCCACCACCAGUACACCCACCACCACCACCACCACCACCACCACCACCACCACCACACGGCCAUGGCGUCGGCCGCCGUGCCCAAAGUGGUGCCCGCCCAGCUGUCGUUCCUCGCCAUCUACAACCCCUCCCUCGGCGACUCGGACGAGACGUUCCACCGCCAGGUCGUCUUCUACUACGCCAAAGCCGCAAAGCCACACCCACGGGUCGGCCAUGGAGCCUCGCAGGCGGCAGAGGCCCUGCGCGAGGCCGAGAACGAGAAGCUGCGCCAGGUCGGGCUGGCCCAGGGCAUGGUCGCCUUUGCGCGCUCCUUCUCCGCCGCCGACACGCUCGACUCCAUCGAGACGGACAGGUCGCGCAUUGUCCUGCACGAGCUGGAGCGCGGCUGGUGGAUCCUGGCGUCCAUCGACCUGACCCAGCUCCCCGCCGCCCGCCCCGACAAAGACAGCGAGCGAGACAAGAGCGCGAGCGCGACUGCGCCCGCCGUCGAAUACUCGGCCCGCGAGGUCAGCCCGCCCGCGCUCCUGAUCCAGCAGAUCGUCCGCGCCCACCGCCUCUUCACCCUCCACCACGGCUGGCCGCUGGACCAGCUCUUCAAGAAGCACGGCCGCGACAAGUUCGCCAGCAUCGUGGACACGUACUGGUCGCGCUUCGCCGCCCACUGGGACGUCAUGCUGCACGGCAGCCCCGCCGUCGACAUGUGCCGCGGCCUGAAGCUCGCCGCCGGCGGCGAGCUGGGCAUGGGCGUCGGCGAAGAGGAGUGGGGCAGCAGCGAGCGCGACGUCCUCGAGGACUUUGCCCGCCGCACAGAGGGCCUGGUCGACGUCAUGGUAUCGCGCUUCGGCGAGGCAUCGCCGCUGCAGCACACCAGCACACAGGACCACCACCAGCCCCCCGGCCCUUGGAUGGCCUGUGCCGGCACGGUAGCAGCCACCGACGGCGUCGUCUUCUCGGGCGUCGGCGCGCUCAGUCGAGCCUCGCUGCGCGACGUGGCCCACUGGACCGAGGACAUGUAUCGCUACGGAGACCAUGCCUACGGUGUUCGAGACAACCCAACCUCGGACCGCAGGAGACGGCGAAAGAGGUUCCUCCAUGCCCCAACCCGCCAGCCAGAUGCCUCCUCUGCAAAGCCCGCCACAGAAGACAGAGCGCAGCCCCACGAUUCGGGCACCGGUGAAGCGCCUCGCAUACCACCCCCCAUCGUCAAGGCAGUCGAAAGCUCUCUGGACAAGGCCUCAAGAGCAAUCGACGAUGCCCCAGGCCGUACCGAGCCUGCUGCCAAGCAGGAGACCGGGCACAUGCUGGCGUCCUUGGCUGACACCGACACGUGGGUCAAGUACAUGACCCUUGGCUACGGCACAGCGUGGGGCGGCAAGAAGCAGGAGGCCACCGAAGAGCCAUCGCCAUCGCCAUCGCCAUCGCCAUCGCCAUCGCCAUCGCCAUCGCCAUCGCCAUCGCCAGCGCCAGCGCCAGCAACCGAGUCUACCACGAGGAGAGAGCAAUCACCAGAAGCGAUGCGCUACGUGGAGCCCGCGCCCCACGUCGACUGGCUCGAAGAGAAACGCAAAGCCCAAGUGCGGUCGGAGAACAACGGCUACUUCCUCGUCGGCCUCAAGGGCGACAUGGUCGAGGCAGACCUGGACGACAACAAUGAGGACGGUAACUGGAACGCUCGCAUCCCUCUGCGCACCGUCUACGUCGAGAAGGUCAGCAAGGACACCCUCCUAUCCGAAUCUGACGAGACACCGGGCGAGGACAGCAACAAAGAGCCCAACUUCAACACGGCCACCAAGCUCGAAAAGUCGCGCCUCCGCCCCGUCGUCUACGUGCACCGGCCCUUCAUCUACACGUUCCUCUUCGCCCACCGCACCAACUCGCUCAGCAUCACUUCCUUCUACCGCGACAUCCACCACUUCUUCUCGCCCCUGCACCGCUCGCUCGACAGAAACACAACCCCAGCCCGCGUCGCCGACCGCCUCGCCGCAGCGCGAUCCCACCAAACCACCACCUCAGGCCCAAACACAUCCCCCAUCUACGACCUCGUCUGGGAUCCACGCACCCUCACCGUCCACUCCAGCAUCCCCAACAUCCCCGACCCCGGCACCCUCACCGCCGAAGGCCUGAGCAGCAGCAGCGGCGGCGGCGGCAGCGGCAGCAGUAGCGAUGCAACAUGGACACGCCUCGACGCCCUAAACGUGCACGCCCACAUCCUCGCCACAAUGCAAGCCACGCGCCGCUCCAGCAGCGAAAUAGAACGCACCUGCAAGACUGCCCGCGGGUGGUGGGUCGUGUGGAUGCGCCUCCCGCCCUCGCUCGUCCCCGCAGACGCAGACGCAGACGCAGACGCAGACUCGACUGCCUCGCGCGCGUCGAGCAGGGGCUUCAACACGGAUGAGCUGCGCGAGGCGUUUUUGAUUCGCCGCGCGCAGGACGGCGAGACGCCUGCGGGUAGGAAGACCCCGGGGAGUAGGAUGGCGAGCGGUAUGUGGAGUGGAUUGGGAUGGGGAAUGGGCGGCGGUGGUGCGAGUCAGAGUCAGAGUCAGCGGAUGGGCGGGAGGGCCGCUGGGUGGGGGCCCAAGGGGCUGGCCGAGGGGAUUGGCAUGGAUGCGAGGCGGUAUGUGGAUGAGUUGCUGAGCUUGAAUCGGUGA